CAGCUCUUGUUGCUGGUGAUUCUGCUGAAGACAGAAAGUCUGUAAGAGAGAAAUUGCACCGUUGGAGUGCUGCACCACUAUUGAUUAUUUUCUGCUGUUGGUACUUGGAGAGAAGGAGAGAGGGAGCUAGGAGCGAGCGUGUGUGUGGAGUGGUGCGGUGGCACUAUGGCGGACGUGGAGCUGGUUAAGAAGAUGCUGAGGGCUGUUCUGCAGUCCAGCAAAGGAGGCGUGUCGUUAACGCGGGUCAACGCGGAGUACCGCGGGCUGACGGGAGAACACAUCCCUUACAAACACCUGGGCUACCCCACACUGGAGGCACUGCUGCACGCCAUGCCAACUGUGGUACACAUGCAGAGAAGCCACACUGGAGAGGUGAUGUGUUCUGCCAUGGUGUCCAAUGAGACGGCCCAUAUCGCGCAGCUGGUCGCUCGACAGAAGACGGCCAAGACCAAGUCCGGACGGCUGCAGAUGGUCAACUGCCAGAUGAGGGUCAAGCCCUACUCUCCACUUGUGCUCAAUGCUAAGCCGCGGACAUCUCUCCGUCAGCCUCAGUAUCGUGGGGGGGGUCGCCCCGGCGGCCGGGGGGGCGGGAGGCCCGGCAGCUACGGCCUAUCAUCAUACGGCGUGGGAGACAUCCGCCAAUCACACGCAAGCAGGGACUCCACGCCACCGGCCAAUCAAAACAGACAUCCCUCCUCCCAGAACACCCAGGCGACGGCAGCCAAUCAAAACAGAGCUCACUCCUCCCAGAACGCGGCGGCGGCGGCGAAUCACAACAAGCCUCUCCAGAACACGGCAGCCAAUCAGAACAAGCCUGUCCAGAACACGGCCGUGCGGAAAAGCAACUCCACGGCCUCCGACAGUCGGCCAGACAAGAGGAUGACGUUGCCCACGAGGUUCCAGAAAGAAGUUCACGCCCACCUAUCCAGAAACAACAACACCACUGGCCACCUGAGUGACAAUUCCAUGCAGGCGAAAGCCAGGACGGCUCCGUGCCCGUCGGGGUCCUACAACCCUCAGCAGGUGCAGGGCCGCAUCAAGGAGGUGCUGGCCAAGUACAGCAAUGGAUUGUGGGUAUCCAAGCUGCCGCAGCUCUACAAGGAGCUCUACCAACAGGAGCUGCCCAGCGACGCGCUGAAGGACCUGGAGAACUGGAAACACAUCUGCACAGUGGAGAGGCCAGGUGGUAGCUCAGCUCAGCUCCUGCUGUAUCCUGCUAAAGAUCCUCCUGUUGUCCCGGCUGCCACCGAGCGCAGCUCCCCCGCUCCCCAAAACCAGAGACCCACACCCACCACCACCACCUCCACCACCUCCCCUCCCCCCGGCCCUCCCCCUGCGCCUGUUCGCACCUCUAUUCCCUUUCACCCACCCUCCUCCUCCUCCACCUCCUCCUCCACCUCCUCCUCGUCCUCCUCCUCCUCCUCCUCUCUGCCUCCAGAGGUGCGGCGUAACCUUGGUGAUCUGCUUCAGAAGUACAGUAGUGGUUUGUGGGCCCACGCGCUGCCGAAGCUCUACCUGGACACCUACAAGAGCCAGCUGCCGCCGCAAGUACUCGAGGACCUGAGCCUGCUAGCUGAUUUCUGCACAGUAGACUACCCCAUGCCAGAUAACCCCACCAGAGCCAUUCUCUACGUCAAGGAGAAGAACGACACACAACAGGAGACCCGUAGCGGUAGUCAGGGCAACCGGGUCGGAGCAGGGGACCCUGGGAAGGUUUCGGGGGUGGUUUCCAUGGCGACAGGUGUGUUGAACAGCAGCCAGGUGAAGAUGGUGCCUCCCCUGCAGAUCCCCAAAGAGGAGUACCCAUCAGUACUGGUCGUCGAGGCAACCAGCACCAACUCUGUGGUACUCAGGUACGUGGGUGUGGAUUACUCGCAGGCGCAGGAGAAGAUGGAGGAUGAGAUGCGAGAGUUCUACCGCGCGGCGCAGGGCGUCCAGAGGGGGAUGGUGGCGCCCUCCAUAGGCCAACUGGCGGCGGUGCGGGCGGAGGAGGACGACGAGAUCCUCAGGGCUCAGAUCUCAGAGGUCAUGCCCGACAAGGUCAAGGUGUUCUAUGUGGACCACGGCUUCUCGGAGGUGAUCAGCAGGUCUAAACUGUUGGAGCUGCAUGAGAAGUUCCUCACACUGCCUUUCCAGGCCACACACUGCAGACUGGCUGGUCUGGAGCAGUUCAGUGAGGAGUCGUCGGUCCUGAAGAAGCUGGAGGCGAUGGCCAGCGGCAAGAUCCUAUUGGCCGAGAUCCUGGAGCGCCAGGCCCCGCCCCUCAUGGUGCUGUACGACACGUCGCAGGAUGAUGAUGUCAACAUCAACGCAGCCUGUAGCAAAGCCCUGCAGGACAAGAGCCUGGACAGCACACUCAAGGUGAACAGUGCCUACACGAGUGUGUGUGUGACGAGUGUGUGUUCGGACGGCACCAUCUACUGCCAGCCCCCCUCGCGAGGCCUCACCAAGCUGACGGAGGUGCUGAGCAAGACUGAGGCCUACCUACUGGCACAGGUGACGUCUGAGUUCCUGGUGUCUCGGCCGUUCUGUGGGAAGGGCUGCCUGGCACGCUACAAGGGGAAGUGGUCACGCGUAGAGAUUAUGAAUCUGCAUGGUUCUCGAGUGCUGGAUAUCCUCUUUGUUGACCUGGGGGUUCAGGCUUCAGUGGAGGUGAUCGAGUUGAGAGAGUUCCCUCCCCCGUACCUACGAGACCUCACCACCAUCCCCCCACAGGUGGUGAAGUGCUGUCUGGCUGAGCUGCCCGUCAGUGUUGGAUCCUGGACCCCCGAGGCCGUACAGUGGCUACGAGACGCCGUGCUGAACACCAGCGACUGCAGUAUUAAGAUAGCUCAGCUGGAUGACUCCAAGCGCCUGGUGCAUGUUCACCUGUUCACCAAUAAGCAUUUUAACGACGACAGCCGCAGUGUCAACCGCCAGCUGUCCGACUCGGACCUCUUCAAGCAUCCCAAAGACGUCUUCCUUAGCACGCGCGCUCCCCUCAAACCCUUGUCUUCCUCCUCCUCCUCUUCAUCCUCCUCUUCCGCCGCCCUACGCACCCCGCCCACCACCAUGACGACGACAGCCAAUCGAUGCGCUAGCCCGACCAUCGUCUCCACGGCGACGGCCAAUGGCACCACGGCAACAGCGGCAGCAUUGCCCCCCCUGCUGGAGCUGCCCCCUGCUGGCCAGAACCUGGAUGUGUACGUGUCGGUGGCGUGCCACCCGGGCUACUUCGUGCUGCAGCCGUGGCAGGACAUGUACAAGCUGGUCGUCCUGAUGGGGGAGAUGAUCCUCUAUUACAACAAGGCCGACCACGCCCCCGUCGCCGCCCACAAGGAGCACGUCUACGCCGCCAAAGUGGACAACAAUUGGCAUCGUGUCCUGGUUAAGUCGGUGAUGACUAAUGGCCUGGUGUCGGUGUACGAGCUGGACUACGGGAAGCACGAGGUGGUGAGCUGCACUCAGCUGCGGCCGCUCAUUCCGGAGUUCUGCCAGCUGCCAUUCCAGGGCGUCCGGGCCCAGCUCGCAGGUGUGAAGGCGUCCCAUUGGUCAGAGGAGGCCACCAUGGUGUUCCGGAACCACGUGGAGAAGAAGCCGCUGGUGGCCCAGCUGGAGUGCGUGUCGGACGGCGAGUCGUCGCCAUGGGAACGCAAGGUGACGGUCUACCUGGUGGACACGUCGCAGGAGGAGCGCGACCUGUGGGUUCACGACAUCAUGGCCGAGUUCACCGACCAGCUCACCAAGGCCGCCUAGCCUAGCCUAGCCUAGCCUAGCGACCGUCGCCGCGGUAACCUAACCGCUGCCAAAGACAUGGCCGCCGGAGCAGCCAGAGUUGUUAUGUUUGCUAAAAGGGGGUUGUUGUUGUUAGCGUAUCGUUAGCUAGCUAGCGAGCGACGGCUAGCCGGGAAUGAAAAAGCUCUUAUUCUCUCACAUGAUGAUGAUGAUGAUGGUGCGUAAAGUUGUUACGUUACGUUAUGUCGUGUCGUGUGUAUGAGUGAGUCGUGUGUCGGGGGGGAAGCCAGCGUCGGGUGUGUGAUGACGAUGUUGUUGGGGAGGGGUCUGUGGGGUGGAAGCAACAUCACGUCAGUCGGAAUGAAACACAGGUGGGCUUGGUUUCCAUGGGGACUCAAGAGAUUAAAUGACCGCUGACGACCUUGGAGCAAAGGUCAAGGUCAGCCAGGACGAAUGUGAAAGACUGGACACGCAGGGCUGACAUUUGGAUGGGAUGAGACUUUAGUUUUGACGUUUUGACUUAACGUUGGUUUUAGUUGUUUGGACCCGGUAGCCAGCCCACCUGGGAAGAGGGAGGAGGACGUGAGGAGGAAAUGAUGUCAGAGGAGACAGGAAGUGAUGCGCUACAGCAUGUGUCUGAUUGGCUGGCUCACAGGAAGGAAGUUUCAAGGCUACGGAAUGCUAAAACAGAAAGUAUGUCAGUUUUAUCUGCAGCUUGGGUCGAAACAUGCACCCCCGUACCUGUGCUUCCGUCUACGUUGACAAAAGAUGGCUCUCUUGCAUCUGAUACGGCUUUAAAGUCACGCACAGCUCUUUCAAAUGAAUAAAACAAACAUCACUAUUUGUCGUUUUGCAAGCCGAGAGGUGUCAUUGUGAAGUCACGAGCAGUGAAGGGCAAAAUGGAUUCAUUACUUUACAAUUCAGUGCCACAUAUUCCAAAUGACCUGGUUAUACCUGUCCAGUCCAGCUAGGUGAUUGGCUAGUUGAGUGGUCACCUGGUUGAAAUGGACAUGUAGAACAAGACCGUGCGGAAUAUGCGGCACUGGGUCGUAACCUCAUGGAUCCAUGUUGUCCUUCACUGCUGAGUUGGGAAGUGAAAUGGUUAAAUGGGUUCGGAGCCCAGCCCCUGCUGUGUUCCCCAGUCGCCAUGACAACAGAGGGGAACUAUGGGAUGUGUAAUGAUGUGAGUACGGCACGGUAUCAUGGCGCCUGCUCCACAGUCCACCAGGACUUUAACAAGUUUGUUUACAAGAAAACAAAAAUAGUUUUUAAAAAGUUCAAGCAUUUAUAAAGAAUUUAAAAAGAAAGAAAAAGUUCCAAUUCCAAUACGUUUUGUUCUCUUGUCUCGGCUUUCUUUUCUUUUCUUUUUCUCUUGCUGCUGCAGUGUGUAGCAGCCACCGUAGUUCUGCCAGAGAGCGCGAGAGAGCGGUGAUCGUUUGCUUUGGACUUCCUUUAGUUGUUAAUAUAUAUAUAGUUCUCAUCGUUUGAUUUAGUCUCCUUAGUCAGAGCCGGGGUUCAGGGUGAAAUGCUACAUCAGCUGUGUGUGUGGGGGGGGCGCAGCCCAGGAUAGUUUUAAGUUUUUGAUGAUGAUGAUCAUAAUAAUCAUAUGAUUGAAUUAAAUUUGACAUCACACACACACACACACACACCAUUAACACUUGACAUUUGUGUGUAUCGCUGGAACCAGGAAGAGAAUAAGAGAAUAAAUAAAGUUAUUUGGAAACCA